GUCGCAGGCGCACUCCAUCAAGCUGAAAACAAACUCCACAAAUGCCCCCCUGGAGCAAACUGACUCCCUGGAUCGAGAAUCUGAUCCUUAGCUACGGGAGCGGGGAUGAGUCGGGCAGCCAGCUGAGGGCUCACGUCAUCGGGGUGGGCCAGAUGACCCAGUCUCAGGCUCAGGGCUCCGAUGGCCCGACGGGGCUGCUCUUCCUGUCCGACGGAGAGCUCAAGAUUCCGGCCGUGCUCACCGCCUCCGGCUGGGAGCAGCUCCAGGAGAAGGAGGACCGGGAGUGCUUCAGCAGCCUCCUGAACACCACCGUGUGCCUGAAGGACUACCGGCUCCAGUUCCACAUGGACCCGGAACAGACCAAGAGCCGGUUCUUCCUGUCAGUGGGGGAACUGGCCACCACCGCGGCAGGUCCAGUUAAAGACAACACGCCCUGCUGCACAAGCUCGGCCUCGGUCCGGAUGAAGAUCUGCAGAACCUGGAGGUCCCUUCUUGGUCAGGAGGACUCCCAGCGGACUCAGGCCGGACUGGACCUGUCCGAACUGCUAGGAGAGUGGCAGCACGACUGCCUGCAGACAGUGCUGCGGGACAUCCGGGAGAGACUGCUGGCUCUCAGGAACACCCGACCCUCCACCUCUGCUCACACCCCGCCUCCGAACUGGACCAGGUGGGACCUGGACCGGGUCAGGUACAAGGGGGAACCGAGCUUCACCGUCCCGGCGAAGCUGCUUCUCAUUCCGGAUGAGAGCAGGGAACAGGCUUGCUCUGUGGAGGACGUGGCGUGGCAGAUAACCGAUCCCGCAGGUGGCGAUCCAGUACAGAAUGCGGGAGAUGCGGGGGACGCAGGUGAGCAUUCCCGUCCUUUGAUGGAGGACGUCGCUCCUUUCCCAGACCCAACCGCCCUGCUUUCCGCCAACCCCUGGGACAUGUACCCCCCUCUGGGAAUCAGCCCUUCCACCUCUGACUCGUCCCCGGAGUCCACCCCGAAACUGGACUCUGCUGCCGUGGAAACCAGCACCCAGCUUCCGGAAACCAGCACCCAGCUUCCGGUAGCCAGCACCCAGCUUCCGGUAGCCAGCACCCAGCUUCCGGUAGCCAGCACCCAGCUUCCGGUUGCCAGCACCCAGCUUCCGGUAGCCAGCACCCAGCUUCCGGUUGCCAGCACCCAGCUUCCGGUAGCCAGCACCCAGCUUCCGGUAGCCAGCACCCAGCUUCCGGUAGCCAGCACCCAGCUUCCGGUAGCCAGCACCCAGCUUCCGGUAGCCAGCACCCAGCUUCCGGUUGCCAGCACCCAGCUUCCGGUUGCCAGCACCCAGCUUCCGGUUGCCAGCACCCAGCUUCCGGUUGCCAGCACCCAGCUUCCGGUUGCCAGCACCCAGCUUCCGGUUGCCAGCUUCCUCCCUCCUUACCAAAACCAACCCACCGCCAGCUUCCCACCGAGCUCCUCAUCAGUCACCGUGAGUCCACCAGAACCUCCCGUCUCAGACGGAACCGACACCGUUCCAGGAAGCUAUAGAAAGCCCAAGAGAAAGCGAUGCGAGGCGGAACAACAAGAAGAAGAAAAAGAAGUAGAGGAGGAAGAAGUCAGUGGAAGUCCGCCAUCUUGGCUCUUUGACUCCCAGAUUGGAUCUCCCAGAAAAGAGGACAGUCCAAAACAGAUCGGACCCGCCCCGAAAAAGACCCCAGGUACUCACGGCGACGGCAGACCGUUCUCCUACAAAUACAGAGUGUCGGGUCAGAACCUCCAGGACUUCAGCCGGUUCCGAGUGGCUGCGUCUCUGCUACACUGGGCUCUGCGGUAUCUGUUGACUCCGAAACCAACAGAGGACCCGCAGGGCGUCGACUGAUUGGACUAAAGUACCGAACGCCUAGAGAUUGGACUCGCUUUGUCAUUUAAAAAAAAAUUUUUUUUUUACCAAAAAACGUCCAACAUUUCUUCCACAUUUGGUUUCUAGUUUUGUACGGAGUGCCGUUUGUAAAAUUACACAAGAAAAAUUAACAGCAAUAUUUUGGUUUAUUUCACCUGUCAGAGAAAAAAAACUGUGCGUGUUUUUUUUUGAAUAAAAUGUUUUCACCAUUUUCUUCAUGUUUCUAAAUGUCCAAAUAUUUACCUUCAUAACUAAGUAUUUAGCUUUUAAUUUAAAUAUUUACUUUGGAAACUGAAUAUUUAGUUCCCAAAUAAAUGUUUUAAGUUUGAACUUAAAAAUUAGCUUUCCAACUAAAUAUUUAGUUUAAAUAUUUAAUUAGGUAUUUUGUUGGAACAAAAUAUUUAGUUUGGAAGUAAAAUAUUUACUUUGUGAAUUAAAUAUUUUUGCAAUAGUUUUAAAACUAAAUAUUUAAUUCACAAACUACAUAUUUUACUUUUAAUUAAAAUAUUUAGAUGGGCACUAAAUAUUGAGUUUUGAAGCUAAAUAUUUAGUUUUAAAAUAAGUAUUUAGUUCAGAACAGAGUAUUUAGUUUUGAAGCUAAAUAUUUAGGUCCCCACUAAGUUAGUUUUCUAACUUUUAGAAAACAAAAGUUAGUUUUCUAAAUAUUUAGCUGCCUAACUAAAUAUUGAAUUCAGAAGCCCAAUAUUUAGUUUGAAUAUUAAAAUUAAUAUAACAUAUUUUAAUAUACUUUUUAUUUUAUUAUUAGAGUAUGUCUAGUAUGUGAAAACAUGGUUUUGAAGAAUGAACACCCACAUUUUAUUUCUCUGGCAUAAACAGACCAAAUUAUAGCUGUUAAUUUUUCAUUAUGUAACUUUACAAACGGCGCUCCAUAGUUUUCCCAUGUUGAGAAUUUUUCUCUUUAUCUUGAGUUCUGGAUGUUUUUCCUGCUGUAUGCAACAUGUUUUUAAAGAUAAAUGAUGCAUCAGGAGGUGCAGUUCUGUUUCCUUGUACCAGAGUUUAAACAAAAUGUUAAUGUUUAUUAAAGAAUAAAAGCAGCUUUUAUUAUUUCA